CGGCGAGGCGCGCCAGCUGCCGCACGUCAUGAUUCUACCCCAGGUGAGCGACGAUGUACCCAGACACUACCACUACCAUCCCGUCGUUAACAGGACGACCGCCGAGAAUCAAUAACCUGACAGACGGGGAAGAAGAUCUGCCUGAAGACGCUUUCUCGCUGCUGUCGGUGCUCCUAGUUGGAUUCCUCCUCGUGAUCCUGAUAUUCUUCUCCGUCGCCGGCAACGUUCUGGUCUGCGUGGCGAUCUACACCGACCGCGGGCUACGGAGGAUCGGCAACCUCUUCCUGGCCUCCCUGGCCGUCGCCGACCUCUUCGUCGGUGGGCUGGUGAUGACCUUUGCCGGGAUCAACGAUCUCCUUGGCUACUGGAUCUUCGGAAUGUGGUUCUGCGACAUCUGGAUCGCCUUCGAUGUUAUGUGCAGCACUGCCUCUAUCCUGAAUCUAUGCGCCAUAUCACUUGAUCGCUACAUACACAUCAAGGAUCCCCUCAGGUACGGCCGUUGGGUAACCAGAAGAGUUGCCAUUGGCGGCAUCGUCGUUGUGUGGCUUCUAGCAGGACUCAUAUCCUUCGUACCGAUCAGUCUAGACCUUCACAGGAAUAAUGAUCAGCCCAUGUAUGUGGACGAAAAAGUGGAGGAGCACCCUACGUGUGCCCUAGACAUUACACCCACCUAUGCGGUGGUGUCCUCUUGCAUAUCUUUCUACGUGCCCUGCAUCGUGAUGCUGGGUAUUUAUUGCAGGCUCUAUUGCUACGCGCAGAAACACGUGAAGAGUAUCCGAGCGGUGACGAAGCUGCCGGACACCUCCAUGGCCAAGAGUUUUCGCUCGAAGAGCAGUCGCUGCAAGCCACCGAAGCCGCAGACGAAGACGAAGCCAACCAGCCCUUAUCAUGUGUCCGACCACAAGGCCGCGAUCACUGUCGGCGUAAUCAUGGGCGUAUUCCUGAUUUGCUGGGUGCCCUUCUUCUGCGUUAACAUCGUCGCAGCCUACUGCAAGACCUGCAUAUCCCACCGAGCGUUCCAGGUUCUCACGUGGCUCGGUUACAGUAACUCGGCCUUCAACCCGAUAAUCUACAGCAUCUUCAACACUGAGUUCCGGGAGGCGUUCAAGAGGAUCCUCACGAAGGGGGCACGCGCGCGGGGCAAUCAGCCGUCGACCAGCGAGUGCGGCGAGUUCCGCUCGGUGGUGGUGCAGAAGCGGAACGGCUCCAUGGUCGAGUGUAACAUCAGUCCGAGAUCGAGCGCGGACAGCUGUCAGGUCGGCGUCAUGGCUCAACGACACCGCGACACCAUCGUCAGUGCCAUAUAAAGCGAGCGUUCCGACGAGCGUCUCCUCCUCUCGACUCUCUCUCUCUCUCUCUUGCGGUCGUCUUAAAAAAAAAACGAUUUCUUUCUUGGAUCUCGCUCUCGCUGCUCCGCCGCCGAAGUCGUCGCGAUCCUGUUCGCCUUCGUUACUUACCCGUCGGAAGAAUUUGCGAUGCAGAAUCUGGGGACAUCUCACCACCCGGCGGAGAGUAACGACGUUAGAAUUGAAACACGCUUCGCCCAAGAGGAAUUCGUUCUUCGUCGUGGCGUGCUGAUCCCGUGCGCGACCUUCCGCGUCGCACGGAGGAAACGUAUCUGAUUAUCGAAACAUUUUUAUUUCAGCAUUUAGAUUCACAGUCUUCCGUUUGCUGUUCUAAAAUUUGUUUCGAAUCCGAUCAAUGUCGAAGGACCACGUCGUGGCGCAAUCGAUUUGGCAGGUUGCACGACUUCACUAGUGGAACGAUAUCGCUUAUUGCUAUUGUUUCGCACGAACUUGCGUCAGUGUACAUAAAAUCAGCAUACGGCAUCGCUUGUACCAACAAGCGGAGUUUACUCUCGCGUGCUAAAGUUCAGUAUUUGCAUCCGCGAAGGAUUGAACGCCAAAAACCCGCCCGCCUGCUCAAAGGAAGACUUGCAGCUGCAGCUUGCGACGACGUUGUGCCCUCGCUGUGCAGCCGCGCUCGCGUAAAAUAAGCAUAACUGAGGACGUUGAUAAUAACUCUCAGCCAUAUUAUUGAAUCUCUCCUCACGUAAUAUCAAUCAGUGUUCUAGUUAGCUGUCGUUGAUUUGGCCCGAGGAUUUCUCUCGGAUCAAAGCGGACCACGCGUUGCUCGUAUUUCCUCGACGUUAGAUUUCUGGAGGAUAGUGGAGAAGCAGUAUCAAGUAAAAUGCAGGAGAGCAAUGUAAAUCGGGACGUUUGUCGCGGAUGAUCAAAAUGAGCACUUCGUAUACGUCGUGACUCUGCUUCCAUCGUCACGAUUCGAUUGUAUGAUAAAUUACGAAUAACGCGCGGGUUUCCUCGAAGUGCGAUAUUUUCGUUGUGACGCAUUUUGCGUGUGUCGUCGCACGAUCGAGGAGUAUCUGUCUCUCUCUUCUCUCUUCUCUCUCUCUCUUUCUCUCUCUCUCUUUCCUUUUUUUUAUUGCGAAGGAGUGAAGGCUGUGGUGUUCGACCAUGUAAAAUCGCGGCAUUUCGCGCGAAGGCAUCAAUCAUUGUAAUUAAGACAAUCACCGGAAAUCCACUUCGAAACAUAUCCCGACGACAUAAUCCACCGUGAAAUCGUAGUGUUGAUCUUCUUCUUUCAUUUCUUCAUUCGUUCGCUUUUGUUUCAAGUGGUACGACGACAGGCAUAGAGUGGAAUAUUGUCGAUUAAUAGAAGAAUCCAAGUGUAGCGCUUAGGAUACUAAAUCUUGUCAAGCAAUCUCUCUUUAAAUGGAGCAAUGUCGAUAGCCAAUCUACGAUGUUAAAAGCUGGAUGUUACUAAAAAAAAAAAAAAUACCGAUAUGUUUCUAAAUAGUAACGUCUGUCGAAAAAUUCGUGGAAAUUAUAUACAUAUAUAUAUAUAUAUUAUAUAAAAAAAGGGAAAAAACUUAAUAGCAAUAGGUCAGCGCAGCGGUGCGCCGUGCAGUUGAACUAUAUAGAAAUUAAUUUUCCAUUCUGUAAAUAGUCAUUUAAUUAUUUUUCUAUUUGACGGGCGCGGAGAGGGACACGCGGCGGGAUACUCGCAGGGAGAUGCGAGGAGAUCUCGUAUUAUGGGCGCGCUCAUCGAAUGUACGCAAAGUCGUCGUCGAGCACCCGUCGAAUCUCAAAUUCAAUUCUGCAUCACAUAUCCGAGCGGAAGGAAGUAGUCACGAGCCAAUUUGGCGUUCGCGAGGAUCCGUCGAGCUUCCUUGGAUACAUCUAUAUCUACGAUACAAAACGCAUUGCGAUCCGGCGCGGGAGGGAACGAGAGGGAGUGUCACGUACGAAUUGCAUGCGUCGCACAGACUGUAGAGACGGUUGAAGGAAACACACAGCGUGGAACUCUCUAGCCGGCAGGACCUGUGCGCAAUGUUGAUGUAUACUACUGAUAUAAUCGAAUGACCGUUCUCUGUAAAUAUAUUAGACUAAGACUUCGACAAAGA